CACCACCACCACCCUCGCACUCGGCCCUUUCUGGCGGGCCAUCAUGCUCGACAGUGCCACGCUCACCUCGCUGGCCUCCAUCGUCGUCGUGCCCUUGCUCCUGCGCUCCGCCUUCUCCUUCCUCCGCGGCACUGGCGCCUCUCGCGCCGCACCCAGCGCCCGCCUGCGCAGCCCCUGGCGGCCCACUCUCUGCGCGCCCUCCUCCUUCUCCGACGUGCUGCUGCUGCUGCUGCUGCUCGGCGUACUGCUGCACGCCGCACGCUCCCUGCUCGCAUUGCCCACGGAUCUCUUCUGCGCAUCCCACACGCCCAUCAACGCCAGCACGGCGACGCUGCGCGCCAACAUCGCCGUGCACUGGAGCGCCGUCGCGCGCCGCUGGAGCGGCAGCGAGGAGCAGCUGGAGCGCAUCUUGAAGCGCUGUGCCAGCUAUGAAGGCCGGAAACUCUAUCUCCUUCUCUCGCACGCGCCCCUCUUGGACUGCACCUACUGCCUCUCCUCCUCCGACUUCAAGUCCUGGGCCUUUCUCCUCACGCUGCCGCUCUACGCGCUGCAUCUGCUCGCCUUUGGCCUGCUCACCGCCUCGGCGAGCGCCCUCGGCGCCCUCGACGCCCUCGCCGCGCGCCUCGCCGCCCUGCUGCUGCGCCGAGAGGCAGGCGCAGUGUCGCAGCACCGCCGGGAACAGACGUAUGCGCUCGACAGGAGCGCUUGGCGCAAGUCGGGCGCCUGGAGCAUCGCCGGCAUCGCAGGCGCAGAGUACUGCCUCCUCUUUGGCGCCGCCGACUCGCUCGAGCAAAGCGUGCCGAAAUGGGCUCUACACGUGCGUUGCCCCCCCCUCUCCCCCUCUCUCUCUCUCUUGCCCCUCUUCUACACUGACGCACGCCUCGUUUGCACAAGUGGUCACGCACCCUGCCCCUGCUGCGUUCCUGCCUCCUCGCCACGCUCUUCGUGGUGGUGUACAUCUACCCCACGCACUUGCCUCUGACGCCCAUCUCGCGCAUCUCGACGUCGUUGCGCGCCACGCUGUCGCACGUCGAAUCGACGCUCAGCGCCGUGCAGGCGGCGCAUGUGGCACACGUGGCGCUGCUGCGCGACGAGGGCAUGCGAGGGCGCGCCGAAGAGUACUGGCAAGCCAUGCCGCGCACGCAGCAGAGUGAAGGCGAGAGGGAAUAUAGAACGCAGGCCGCCGAGGCGGCUAGAGCGGCUUGGAGAGAGGUGGAGCUGCUGCGCAUGGGCGAGGAACAAUGAGAUUUCUCGCGCUGAGAGAUGUGAAAUUCGCGAAACGCGAAACGAAGUGACUAG